UGUUCUGUUCUUUGCGAAUCGUCGUUGGGUGUGGACGCGAGUGGCAGCGCUAUAAAUAGGAGCUCUUCCGUGUCUUUCGUAUCUCCGGCACUGGCCGACUGACGGGGAUGCCCCAACAGCACGCUGCACGCUGAGAAUAAGCCGCAAAAGUUCAAGUGACAAUUUCCCAACCAAUAUCAACUUUUACGACAAAAUCAACGCAAAUUGAAUUUGAAUCGAUUGUGGUCUGAUCUUCGAUUCGCCGAUUCAUUAUACGCACAACAACGAUAAUAGCUAAAGUUUUCUGAGCACAAAGUUCCGUGACGUUUUUUUUUUAUGUGUGUGAAUUCAAAUCGAAAACCAAAACAAAAAACUGAAAACUCCUCGAAACAUUUGCCAGGCAUCCACACCCAAUCUCCCAGUCUGAACCAAUUAACAGAAUUCGUUCUCGUGUAAUAAAUAAAUUGCAAACAAUUAUGAAUUUCAAAUCGCAGCCAAGCAUAAUCAAAUGAAAUGUCCGGCAAAAUGCUCAUGCCAAUUGCAGCUCAAAGCAAACAACUCGAACCAUAGACGAACCAGGGCCAGGGGCUGUGGUGCAGUGCAGUGCGGUGUGGCAGAGGGCUGUGUUGUGGCAGUGGCAAACAGAGUCAAAGAAAGCCGCAAGGCUCACCUCACCCACAACAAUAUAUAAUUGGUAAUAGUUACAGCAGGACACCACCCAUACAUUCCAACCCCGCUACUCCCCCUCUCCCACACCCUUGAAGGACGCAUGUAAGAGUGAUCCGAGCGCUGGUGGGCAGGGCUGGGCUGGGCAGGACAGGACAGGACAGAACAGGACAGGACAGGACAGGACAGGCAAUGCCAAAAUGCCAUCGGCAGAUCAAAUCUUGUUCAUAAAUGUCACCACAACGGUGGCAGCGGCGGCUUUUACCGCGGCAGCCGCUGUCAGCACAGCGCCGGAAGCAGCAGCAGCAGCAGCAGCCGGCGGAUCGACGAAAUCGGUAACUGUUGUCAGUGCUGCCGCUGCCGCUGCAGCCGCCGCCGCCGCUGCCGCCACCGCCACCGCCACCGGCGCCAGCAGCAGCCAGGCGGACGAAAUCAGCGGACGGGGCGCAUCAGCCACGGAAACAGCAGCCAAUAUAUCCGGCUCGCUGGUGGAGGGGCUGACCACAGUGGCAGCUGCGCUGACAACGACGGCGGGCACUAGUCCGGGCGAAUCGGAGGAAUGUGGCGGCGGUGCCGUGGAGGAGCUGCAUGCCAGCAUUCUCGGCCUGCAGCUGGCCGUCCCAGAGUGGGAGGCUCUGCUGACCGCACUGGUUCUGUCGAUAAUUAUCGUGCUAACCAUUAUAGGAAAUAUCCUGGUUAUUCUCAGUGUGUUCACGUACAAGCCGCUGCGGAUUGUCCAAAACUUCUUCAUCGUUUCGCUGGCGGUGGCCGACCUGACGGUGGCCCUGCUGGUGCUGCCGUUCAACGUGGCCUACUCGAUCCUGGGACGCUGGGAGUUCGGCAUACACCUGUGCAAGCUCUGGCUGACUUGCGACGUGCUCUGCUGCACCUCCUCCAUCCUCAAUCUGUGCGCCAUUGCCCUGGACCGCUACUGGGCCAUAACCGAUCCCAUUAACUAUGCCCAGAAGCGGACAGUGGGCCGCGUCCUGCUCCUGAUCUCCGGCGUGUGGGUGCUUUCGCUGGUGAUCAGCAGUCCGCCGCUGAUCGGCUGGAACGAUUGGCCCGACGAGUUCACCAGCGCCACGCCCUGCGAGCUCACCUCGCAACGGGGCUACGUCAUCUACUCCUCGCUGGGCUCGUUCUUCAUACCGCUUGCCAUCAUGACGAUUGUCUACAUCGAGAUCUUUGUGGCCACGCGGCGACGGCUGCGGGAGCGGGCCAAGGCCACCAAGCUGAACACGAUUGCCCUCAAGUCCACGGAGCUGGAGCCCAUCACCAACUCCUCGCCGGCUGCAGCCUCCUCCUCGAAGUCUCGCGCUCUCACCAAUUGGCUCUGCUGCGGCCGGGACCGGGCCAACUUCUCCACGCCCAUGAUCCAGAACGACCAGGAGAGCAUCAGCAGCGAGACCCAUGGCCAGCAGGAGGGCUCGAAGACGGCCACCACCAACGAUCAGCAGCAACAUGUGGUGGUGCUGGUGAAGAAGUCGCGUCGGUCCAAGAUUAAGGACUCCAUCAAGCACGGCAAGGCCCGGGGUGGUCGCAAGUCCCAGUCCGCGUCCACCUGCGAGCCCCAUGGCGAGCAGCAGCUCCUGCCGGCUGGCGGCAGUGGCGGCGGCAAUGCUGCAGGAAAAUCUGAUGCAGAGAUUAGCACGGAGAGCGGCAGCGAUCCCAAAGGCUGCAUUCAGGUCUGUGUGACCCAGGCGGAGGAGCAGACCUCGCUCAAGCUGACACCGCCCCAAUCAUCGACUGGCGCCGGUGCAGUGGCCGCCGCACCGCUGCAGAAGAAGCCCAGCGGCGUGAACCAGUUCAUCGAGGAGAAACAGAAGAUCUCACUGUCCAAGGAGCGGCGGGCAGCCCGUACCCUGGGCAUCAUCAUGGGCGUCUUCGUCAUCUGCUGGCUGCCCUUCUUCCUCAUGUAUGUCAUCCUGCCGUUCUGCCAGAGCUGCUGUCCCAGCGACAAGUUCAAGAACUUCAUCACCUGGCUGGGCUACAUCAACUCCGGCCUGAAUCCGGUCAUCUAUACCAUCUUUAACCUGGACUAUAGGCGGGCCUUCAAGCGGCUGCUGGGCAUGAAGUAAGGAGCGGACUGGACGGAACGCAACGGAACGGAACGGAACGGAGAGGUAGAGCAUUACUCAGAGUUUGUGCCAAACUUAAAGUAGAGAGAGUGAAAGAAAGAGAACUGGCUGGAAACAAAAUCAUUGGCAAGGAGAUACCCACAUCGAUUGAUCACAGAAAAUCUGAGCACAUAUUUGGUUUCCUUUCUUUGGCAUUCAGGGGCCACUGACUCUCUUUCUGUCUCUCUGAUCUUUCGAGACGCGAGUAAAACUGUAUUUGGCGUAUAGAUGUAAACCCGUUAGAUACUCAUGCGAAGGGGCAACUGGCCACAAGCAAGUCCCACAUCAAAAUUAUGCAAUGAAAUCGAAGAAGAAAAAAACAUACAUACAUACGUGUACUCGUAUAAUACAUACAUACAUACAUACAUAUAUCGUUCCACACAAGAGAACAAACAUGAAAUUGAAUUUAAUAAAAUUAAAUUAAAUGUUUAGGCACAGGAUUGUGGCAAAAAACUUCGUGUUUCACUCUAUGCAUACUACAGAAAACCCAAAGAAAAGUGUUAGUAAAAUUAAAUAUGCGCUCAACAUAAAUUAAUUACAUAAACGAAACAGAAGAUAAAAAAACCAACUUCUAUGAAACGAAAUGUGUUUUUUUUCUAGGCGAUUACUUUAACGAUUUGUAUUUAAUUGUAAUUGUAGGCAAAUGUAAACCAAAGAACUAAACUAUUGUACUUAAUGUAUACUUUGAAUACGCUUUAAACUAUUUGUUACAUAAUAUAAUAUAAUAUAACCGUUAAUUUUAAAUGUGUGUGUUUUUUUUUUGACAGACAGCAACAAUUGCGUUUCGAUGGGCAGCUAAAAGCUAGCACAUUCGAGAAUUAUAAAUACAUAAUAAUUAUAAUAAAUAUAAAUACAUAAAUAAAUGUUUCAUUGCACUUGGCAGAAUGCAACAGAGUUAGCCGACGAGAUCUAUAAAUCGAUGUAUAAACUAAACUAAACUUAAAUAAACUAAUCUAAAGUACAUACUAUACACAUCGUAUACACCACAAUUUAUGACUUUUAACGACGAUGUACGAUAAUUUCACUAAUUAAAUUGUUUAACGAGCAAAACCAAACUAAGCAUAAACAAAAAACAGAAACCAAACAACCAACAAAAGA